CCUUCUUCCAGGAAAUUUUCGCCCCUUCAUUGAUUUCGUAGGUACUUAUUGGAAGUUGUUUGCAUUGUGUUUUGACGUGUAUUCUCUGUUGAACGCUGCUAAUUACAGAUAUUGACUGAAAAUUUUAUACUAUGGCUUCUAUUGUCCUCAAGUCUCUAUCAAUUCUUUUGGGAAUAUUUUUUAUCUUUGUUGGAACACUCAAAGUUACAUCUUAUCUUAGUAAGGAUCUUCACAAAGAUCUUCGAAAAGAAUACGUUAAGUAUGCAAAAGUAUUUCCACUUGCCGAAGUUCUCAACUUUAAAGUACCAAGUAAAUGGUAUCGAAGAGUUGUCGGAUCUCUAGAAAUCAUCUGUGGUCUGACAAUGGCAAUUAUUCCUAGUCUUCUAUUUUCAGGAAAAAUCAAGAAUACUUCUAAUGUCAUUUUACUAUGUUUGAUGUUGAUGGCUGUUUAUUCACAUCAUCGACUUGAUGACAAAUUGGAAAGAACUGCGCCAGCACUCGUAUUUUUAUUCAUGUUGACGGGUAGGCUAGUCAUUGAUUCUCAACUCAGUGAACAAUCAAAGGAAGUAGUUUCAGUAAAUGGAAUCGACGAAAAAACUAAAAAGCAAGAUUAAAAGCUGAUGUCCAGUGUUAUUUAUGAUAAGUAUAAAUAAUUGUAAGAAGUCUUAUUUAUUUAGUAAGAAGAUAAAUGUUUUUCUGUUCAUAAUAACUCAAAAUUAUUAUAAAAAAAGAAUCAGCUAUUCCAAAAUACUUCCCAACCUGUAAUGACUAGUUGUAUUGUUUUAUUACUAAUUUUAACAAUAGAUUUAUUAUAAAUUCAAAACUUCAACUACUUAUAAAGUUCACGAAAACGAUAAUACUUACUGUGGUGGCAAUGUCAGUGAUAUAUAGCUUCGACGUGUACUCACUCCAUAUUUUUAUAAUUUUUACUUAAGCUAAAUCAAGGUAAAUGAAAAAAAAAAAAAUUUCAUAAAAUAUAAAAAUAUUCGCAAUAAAAUUUACAAACGAAUUGUUCAUGAUUGAACAAAUAAAAAAAUAACGAUAAGCGUAAAUUUUCCAAUGACGGAGACGCGGAGCAAUUCUUUUUAUCUACUAUCCGUCAUCCACGUGUAUAAAAAUUGUACAAAAUAAAGAAUAGAAAAAUAAAUAAAAUUAUCAAUCACAAAAUACUA